AUGAGCGACUUACUGGGCGGCGACUUCUCUUCCUCUUUCCAGUCAAAUAAUAGCGAUGAAAUUGACUUUGAACGUGCCGCAUCAGCAUUCCCUGACAUCUCUCUCGAUGGUGAUACCGACAUCCCAAGUGCACCCCCGGCUGCAGGAAGGUCAAAUAGUGGCUUCGCAUUCGACGAAUUCGAUGGAACUGGGUUUGACCAGAGAGACUCUGCAGUGAGAGUCACCGGAGAUGAUGAGAUUGACAAGUUCGAGAGUGACUUCCCUGAUAUUGAUGUCCCACAGCAACACUAUGUACCUCCGCAGCAAACGUCGUUUACCCCUACAUUUGCUCCUCAACCCCAACCUUCUGCGUUUUCAUCUACUCCCAUUCUGAGCCAGACCAUUGAGGAUGAGCCUCAGGUCAUCAAAGAUUGGCGCGAAAAGCAGCAGAAAGAGAUUAACGCUCGCGAUGAAGCAUCGAAAAUUCGUCGGGAGGAAACAAUAGACAAAGCUGAACGCGCUAUCGAAGAGUUCUACGAGAACUAUGCUAAGAAAAAGGAGAGGAGCAUCCGUGACAACAAAAACUCUGAAUCAGAGUACCUCGAAGAACUUCGCUCAUCUCUAGCUUCCGGGACGACCUGGGAUCGCAUCUGCAAUUUGGUUGAGCUGCAGAACUCUCAGAGCAAGACUAUUGCUCGCACAGGGGCAGGCACGACUGAUCUCUCGAGGUUCAAGGAAGUCUUACUCAGACUCAAGCGUGAGGGAGAUGCCGCGCCUGGAGCAGCAGGCUACUAA